AUGAACUCAGAAUACGAUUAUCUCUUUAAACUACUUCUUAUUGGUGACUCUGGUGUAGGAAAAUCAUGUCUCUUGCUUCGGUUUGCAGACGACAUGUUCACCGACAGUUACAUUUCCACCAUUGGGGUUGAUUUUAAAAUUAGAACAAUAGAAAUUGACGGCAAGGCAAUAAAGUUACAAAUCUGGGAUACAGCUGGACAGGAGCGUUUCAGAACAAUCACAUCUUCGUAUUACCGUGGUGCCCAUGGAAUAAUUAUUGUGUACGAUGUGACAGAUCAAGGCAGUUUUGACAACGUUAAACAGUGGUUACGUGAAAUUGAUCGUUAUUCAGCCGAAGGGGUCAGUAAACUGUUGGUUGGUAAUAAGAAUGACAUGCUUGAUCGAAAAGUUGUGUCUACAUCAACAGCAAAGAGUUUGGCAGAGUCUUUGGGACUACCACUACUGGAAACUUCUGCAAAGAGUGCACUCAAUGUAGAACAAGCAUUCUCAAUUAUGGCUAGGCAAAUUAAGGAUCGUGUGGGUCAAUCGGUGGCUCAACCAAAUAAUUUAAAUACUCUCAGAGUUGGUCCAGGAGUAUCGAUUCAACAGCCAAAUCAGACUACUCCAGCAGGAUGUUGCUAG